AUGUUAUUUUUUAAAAAACGUAAGAUUAUUGUUUUGGCCGUUUUCAUCGCUGUAGUGGCGCGGGCAGCCGUCCCAUCCAAAAACAGGGAAGCAAAGAUUUUGCGCUAUGAUGUAGAUAACAUUGGACUCGGAAACUACAGAUACGCUUAUGAACAAACAGAUGGCACAGGACAGAAACAAGAAGGAGUAAUCACAAACGAAGGGCGCGAAGAUGAGGCUAUAGUCAAAGGUUAUUUUUCGUGGAGAGCACCAGAUGACAUGUUGUACACUGUGACAUACACCUCUGGUGUCGAAGGUUACAAGCCAACGUUGGAGGUUUUCCGGAUUGGAAUUAAAAAGGGGCAGGCAUUGAAGGUGAUUUCUGCUACUCUGAAUUCGCAUGCGCUUGUUUCACUAUUAGGUUAA